CUCUGGAGCGGUAAAAGUUGUGGCGAUGAGUUGUUUAGACGGACUGAAGAUGAGUGACUACACUGAGAUCGUCGUCGUACUCGAUAAAUGCUGCUCGGGACGCACUGCGUAUACUCACGAAUCCUGCGCUCAUGUACUUCUCAUGGAGGAUGAUUUCACGAAAUGUCCAGGCGAUGGUGGGGCUGGGAAUGUUCAAACCAACACUAAUUGGCAUUCAGUCACUAGUCAGUGGGGAGGAAAUAAUGUCAAUGGAGGCGUACACUCGGACAAUGUACGAUGUGUGACGGACUCUAAGCUGGGCAAGCGUGUACUGGAACUGACGGCAAACGGUGAUUUAUUUUCUGGUGUUGCACCAGUAGGAAAAACACUUACAAGCGGUGGAUCUCUAAGUGAUCGUACCAUUGAUGACCGAUUCAUGGAAUGGGCUUUGGACGGAAUAUCUCCACUACCUUGCAAUUCGCUUCAGUACUGUCCAGCUCGUCGUGUUGGAGCUGCUGUAAAGUCAGUUUCGCAGCAGAAUUCUGGCGUCAUGGUUAUACGAAUGAAGCCAUGUGCAACUUUUGGAACUCUUACGCAGGUCUGGUGGGGAAACUACGAAGACGUCGACACUGAAGAAAAGAUUCCUUUCCUACCACUCUGGAAAUCUGCAUUGUACCAAGUGAAAACCAGUUCUGAUAUUCCUUUUACGUUGACAUCACCACAACCGAUUGACGAAUCGUACACAGAGAUUGUAAUGCAGUGGGAUGCAAGUACAGCUCGUACAAACCUUUACAUGGAUGGCCAGCUUGUAUUGAAGCAGAUCGGAACGAACCAGACUGAGGCAAACAGUUCGCUGUCAAUUGGUGUAUGGUUUCCGAAUGCUGCAGCAGGUGAACCUUUCUUCCCAACGUGCCACACAUACGUGGAUAAAGUCCAAGUUUUCGAUUUACAGAUCACAGGAGGACGAUGGUGUGAUUUUGAAGAGGUUAUCGCGGAUACUAUUUCUUGUAGUGAAGAUACAGAUUGCCAGGAAUGGGUUCAGCUUAAAUGCUUUAUGGAUAUCUACGAAGCAGUUUGCGCGAACGAUCGGUUAUCCGAUACUGACGAUGGAAAUUCAUCUUCAUCAACUGUAGGAUUUUGCCAGUUUCGACUACAGCCGAUAACACAGACGAGUGUGUCGAGUACCGCAAUGACGUCUCGAGAGCUUGAUAUGCAAUGGAAAGAAGAGGAAGACCCGAUGGGACUCACUACGUAGAGACUUUAAAUUUCUUUAAAGAUUUUGAUGACAAGAUCAAAUAAAUCUAGCUUGCAGCCACCAAGAAAUGUUAGAGUGAGCUAAGAACAAUAGCAGAAACACAUGGAAUCGAUCG